UCAUUUUAGUCUCGAUGACGUCGCAACAACGUGCGCACAAGCAAGUGGCGAUGACGUCAGACAGAAAUGGUGGUCCCGUGUAGGCAUGAGAGAAACUAGCUAAUAGAACUGUUAUGCGACAGCUUUGAAGCCUAACACAGAUGGACAACUCAAAACAUCAUGAGGAAAAAUAUCGAUCCGAGUGAAAGAAUUCAAGAUGACACAUGGUGUGAAGGGGCACAGAAUGAUGAAGAGGAAGAGGAAGUGAGCCCGAUUAGAUCCAGUUUCUCUGUCGAGGAUUUGCUCGAUGAGGUGGAGAAGAUCAGCAGCGUGGCCAGUGGUGGCAAAAAGGUGGAGAUUGUAGUGAGACUGUGGAAAAAUGGCUUUACAGUAAACGAUGAAGAAUUACGAAGUUACUCUCUAGAGGAAAACCAGGAGUUCCUGGAUGCCAUUAAAAAAGGAGAGCUGCCUCUGGAACUAGAAGGAAGAGCUGAGGAUGAAGAACUAGAAGUCAAUGUAAAGGACAUGAAAGAUGAAGUUUAUGUCCCAAAGAAAAAGACCUUCCAUCCAUUUACAGGCAUAGGCCACAGACUGGGAAGUGUGGCUCCACGAGUGGUUGCCAGGUCUCGCUCGAUACACGAGGACUGCUCCGGUCCUCAUCUUCCAGACUUGAAUGAGGAUCUCCCCAUGACCUCCCUACAGAUCUGGCUGGCAGAUGGUCGGCGUCUUGUGCAGAGGUUUAAUCUGUCUCAUCAGAUCAACGACGUGCAGGAUUUUGUGGAACAGGCCCAGAGCACCGACGCACCGUUUAUCCUGACAACAUCGCUGCCGUUCCGGGAACUGAACGAUCCGUGUCAGACUUUGGAGGAAGCUGAUUUAGCAAACGCUGUCAUCGUUCAAAGGCUCCUGAACACAGAAGCACCAUUCGGUCACUUAUGAUUGAUCCUGUUUGCGCUCUGAUCAGUCUCAUCCAUGUUUAGAUGAUACUCCACAAACCUUCAACAACGAAAGCCUACGUGUUCCUUGUAGUUCCCCUCCUGAUUGAUAAGAUCAUAUUCAUGUGUCUCAUUUUAAAAUGCCUAUUGCUAUUAUAAACGGCCACUGAAGUGUAAAUACAAACAGUUAAAUGAGGAAAUGAAGUUUAUUAAUUUAUUUUUAGUCCGCUAUAUUCUUUCACAGAUGGAUGCCUUCUCUGAUGCAAUGCAGUAUGCACAUGCCAAGUCUUUAACCUUCACGACUUAUUAAUGUUUACACAUAGAUCAAUAAAGAAGAAGCUGAUCAUGAUAA